UCGGCUCCGGCGGGCCGAUGGCGUUCAGUGCCUGGCAGAUCCUCUCGCCGGUGCAGUGGGCCCGAUGGACAUGGUCGGCGGUGCGGGGCGGUGGCAGCCCCGAGGGGGAGGACGGUGGGGCGGAGGAGGAGGACCCGCCGGGGGAGGGCACGGCCCUCGGCUUCAGCUCGGACUCCGAAGGUAAUUUUGAGACCCCUGAAGCAGAAACGCCGACCCGCUCACCACUAAAGGAGCUCUGCGAGCCGCCGCCGGGACCGCCGGAGCCCGAGGCCAGGAGCCAAGAGCCAAGUGGCCAUGCUGACCUGCUGGUAGGGGGAAGCUGCCAGGACAGCUCACCUGGGAAGCACCCCAAAGAUGAAGCUCAACCGGAGAGCGGAGCCCCCAGAGCCAACUCUGAUACUGAAGGGGAAUCCAACCCUGAAGACUCAUCCCUGAGGCAGCCCCGGGCUGUGCUGGGGAGCGGGGCUGGCACUGGCUGUGCCCCAGGGCCCCAUGCAGGCAGAGCAGCCCAGGAGCAGGUCAUGUCAAAAGAGGACCCAGUGGACACAGGCAUGGGGCUAGCAGAUCUGAGGGCUGAUGUCCUGGUCCAGGAGUGCUCACCCAGCCAGGGCCAGCUCGGGAAAGGGAAACCACCUCUGCUGGGGAACAAAGCAGAAGAGAGCACAGAGGAGCCCCCGGUGCCCCAGGCAUCCUACAGGUUCGAUCCUGAGCAGUACGACGAGAGCAUCAACCCCUUUGUGGCAGGAGGCUGCCGGCUGCAGAGCUCCCCCCUGCCAUCCCCGCGCCGCCUCCCGCAUCCCGGCAGCGGCCCCAGGGAGCUGGGGGGGGACCCGGCCCCCGAACCCAAAGGGCAGGUCCCAAAACCUGAGGUUGAUCGUGUGGAGGGAGGGGAGAGCCCGGAGGCCAGAAGAGCAGCAUCCAGGAAGGGCAGCAGGAUCCCAGCCAGCAAGGUGACACCGAAGAGACACCGAGAGUCCCCCAAGAAACAGGCUGAGGAUGGGGAGAGGGGUCCCACGGAUCCACCACCUCCCCGGGGCUCCCCCCGGCUGGGCCCUGCACUCUGGGACAGCCCCGAGCUCAGCCCCUUGGGUGCCAACUCAGCGCUGCAGAACUCGCCGACUCUCCCCAAGGGCUCUUACCAGUUCGACCCCAAUAACUUUGACUCCAUGGAUCCCUUUAAGCCCACCAAGACCCUCGGCAGCUCCGCCACUGGCUCCUGCCCCACUGCUGACAACAGCCUCAAUGAAAUCCUCGAGUCUCAGACGCUGGAGGUGCAGGACGACCUCGUGAAAGGCAAAGACUCCCCGAAGAAGCCCAAGUCCCGCCUGAUAACGACUACUGAACAAGUGAAAUUUCUCUGUUUUCUGUUGAGCGGCUGCAAGGUGAAGCCCUACGAGACGCAGCCCCUGGGCCUGGAUGUUUGUGCUCAGGAUGAGGGAGUGUUGAUCUCAGAAAUCCCAGAUAUUGCAAGUUGUGAUGGACGUGCCACUGAUGAGGAGAAGCUGGCCUCCACCACCUCUGUGCAGAAACCAGCCGGGCUAGAGAAGAGGAGUGAGCCAGAAGAUGAGCUGGAGUACUUUGAAUGCUCCAAUGUUCCUGUGCCAGCAGCAAAGAGCAGCACAGAGGCAGGCUUUGAGAAGGAGAUCUGCAAGCAGGUGGAAAAAGAUGAGCCUGGCAUCUUCCCUGGAAAUCCUGGGCUGUGCUCCACGGACAAGUCCCCUGUGGCCAUCACUGGUGUGAGCAGGAGUGAGAGUCCCCUGGACAGCAUCUGCCUCAGUGAAUCCGAGAAGACGGCCGUGCUCACGCUCAUCAGAGAGGAGAUAAUCACAAAGGAGAUUGAAGCAAACGAAUGGAAGAAGAAAUACGAAGAGAGCCGCCAGGAAGUGUUAGAGAUGAGGAAAAUCGUGGCUGAGUAUGAGAAGACCAUUGCCCAGAUGAUAGAGGAUGAGCAGAGGACAAACAUGACAUCUCAGAAGAAUCUGCAGCAGCUCACAAUGGAAAAGGACCAGGCUCUGGCAGACCUCAAUUCAGUGGAGAGGUCCCUGUCGGAUCUCUUCAGGAGAUAUGAAAACCUGAAGGGUGUCCUAGAAGGCUUUAAGAAGAACGAGGAAGCUCUGAAGAAGUGUGCUCAGGAUUAUUUAACCCGGGUCAAGCAGGAAGAGCAGCGCUAUCAGGCCCUGAAGGUCCAUGCAGAGGAAAAACUAGACAAAGCCAACGAGGAGAUCGCCCAGGUGCGCACGAAGGCGAAGGCGGAGAGCGCGGCGCUGCACGCGGGGCUGCGCAAGGAGCAGAUGAAGGUGGAGUCCCUGGAGAGAGCCCUGCAGCAGAAGAACCAGGAGAUUGAGGAGCUAACCAAGAUCUGCGACGAGCUGAUAGCGAAGCUGGGAAAGGCAGACUGAGCCCCCCGCCCAGCACGCUGCCCUUGGCUGCUUGUCCUCCUCACCUUGAGCACUUUGCCUCACCCCAACCCCCAGCCCACAGGCUCCUGUGUCCAGCUGUCUGCUCUGCUUGGCUACCAGACCCACAGCCUCCGUGCCCAGCCAUCCCCAGCUGUCCCUGUCUCUGUUUCCCAAGGGUCUGGGUUGCCUCCAGUCAGGCUGGGGGUGUCAGCAGCAAGUGGCCACCACGCUGUCUGUCUGAGGUGACACCCCAGGCUCUGCCCCCUCAGCCAGGGUGGGUCUAGUCAUGCCCCUACUCACUCUGUCACUCGAUGUCGUUGUGUGCUCCAUCACCCACGAUGUGGGUGCUGCCAGGGUGGGAGCCCCUUGCUCGGGGACAGGGGACCUGGUAUAGGGGUACAUGGGUGAGGAGACAGCAAAGGGGCUCGGGGACCCCAGGCACCCACCACAGGGGGUUUGUGGCCACUGGCAUGGAUCCCCUGGCAGCAGCAGCCCCCCAGUAAAUUUGUUUUGGGGGGCCGUGGUGUUGAAGGAGCUGCUCCUGGUCUCUGGUAUGUGUGUGAUCCAUAGCACAGCCUGUCCUUGUCCCUGGCCAUGCCAGCCUCAGAGGAAGGCAGCUGCAUUCCUGCACUUUAUUAGCAUUCAGGAGCACUCGGCUCUCUGCUCACUUCUCCCUGCUGGGCACAGUCCUGCUGCACUUCUCGUUCCCCCAGGAGCAUGGGUACAGCCACUGAACCUGGAGUAACUCCAGUCCUCUCAAAGGAGAGCCUGGCCAGGGGAGUGCAGGAGGCUCCUGCACCAGGAGGUGUUUGACAAACAGGAGAGCUCAGUUCUGGAGAGCUGGGAUGUGUCCGUCUGUCCUGCCACAGCCUGGCACCCCCUGAGGCUUGUUCACCUGGGGUUUCUCGUCUGCUUCCAAAUGCAGGAAGCCAAGGCCCUGGCUGCUGGCUCCCCACACCCUGGUGAAGUUAGUUCCCCACUUUGGGUGUGGCAGGAGGAAAGGAGGGAAUCCUGAACCCCUCUGUGGCUCUGCUGACUUCAGGCUCCUCUCCAGAGCCAGGGCAGCAGGGGGGGAGCUCAGCGCUGCCCCAGCUCUUGUGCUGCUGUCAGAAAUGCCCUCCCAGCUCUGAGUAUUAAGAGAAGCAGACAAAAGCCAGCCUUUACAGGCAAAGGCAGAUCCAGGCAGCAGUAAAAUACACUUUGAAAUCUGCCUGGAUGCAGCCCAAAAAUCUGACUUUCCAUGCAGGCCGGCUGCCCGCGCCGUUCCAGAGGUGUUUACUGCUCUGGACAUGCCAAGCUCCAGCAGAACUGCUGAGGUUGCCCUGGCACUGUGCUGGGAGCUGGGGGCUCUGGGGGAUUCGAGGUGUUUCACUCGUGUGCAGGGCCCGUGGGUGCCCUCCUGGGAAUGCUGUGGCACAGCCACCCGUGCCUGGGGAACCUCCCGUCGGUGGGAUCGGGCAGUGGUUGCAGUGGUGGAGGAUUCUUUGCUGUCAUCUUGAAUGGAUAGUUGUAAAGCAUCAAAUAAGGGAAAUAUUUGCUGUGUGGACUGUUUCCUACCCAGCUAUCUUAAGACUUUUGCAAACCUUUUUGCUGCUACCUUUUUGUAAAAGAAAUGAGCUGUUUUCCUUCUAUUUUCUAAUUCCCUGUGUUGAGCAUGCAGUGCAAACUUCUGUUUAAAUCAGAGCCAUACACUUGAUAUAUAUUUUGUUAGUUAUAUUAUGUAUAGAGAGAAUUUAUUACACACUUAAGCAGGCAAAGAUGCUGGCAGCCUGCCCCAGCACACAGACUUCAGGCCUGUUCGCUGUCCUCCCAGUUAUCCCAGUGAACUACUGGUAGCAGUGUGGUAGGGAAGGCUGAUUCUGUUCAGAGCUGAGCUGUGCACCUCAGCUGCGUGCUGGGUAGUCGCCCCUUGGCACACCUGAAAGCAAACCCCUUUUUUUCCCCCCUUUCUCCCCACUCUUCCCCCACACACAGCCCUCUAACGGGCUGGUAGGAAAGCCUCUGUCAGAGGACCUACAAAGAUGGUUUCUGUUUGGGGGGUGAAAAUGCCAGCUCCAGCCCACUGGAGGGUCACUCCCCUGCACUUCACCAGCAUGUGGGUUUCACAGACUUUAGCAGCUCUCUCCUCUCCUUGUGUCCUGCUCCAGACCAGCUUUCUUACCAGGAUGUGCAGGACCCUUCCUAGGCUGCAAUGAGCUGGGCUUUGGCAGGGUGGGGACAGCAUGGAGUGACCCCAGGACAGUGCUGUGCCUUUGGUCUGCUUGAGGGUCUGUGCCAGUGGAUUCAAACCGUGGAGACCCAGGAUUUCCUGGGAGUUGGUUUUUUUUCUUUGCAGCUGUUUGGAGAAGGAAGGGAGCAGCACUGCACGAGCUCUCGGAGCUUGUAAGAAGUUGUCGUGGGGCUGGUUCCUGGUUUGGCACAUGGGUUUGCUGUGGUGCUUGUUGGUCCUGGAGCUGGAGGCAGGUCCAGGAGGGAUGGCAGGUCCCUGGUCUGUGCUGCUCACAGGGGGCACCCUGCCGUGCUGGCUUCACACCCCUGGAAGUGCCCCAGUCCCCUGUGCUAUUGUUCACUGUCUGCUUUGCCUGAUGGGGUGGAAUUUGGUUUCUGUGUUUGCUGUGGCCAGCCCGAGGGGUCAGCUCUGAGGAGCAGAGCCCCAGGCUCCCUGGGAGCCUGACCCGAGGUAUUUGGGGUGGGUCUCUCAGGGGUGUUCUGGCGUGGCAGAUGGUGGCAGUUUUGGGGUCAGCACCGGCAGCGCUGACCCUGAGCCCCAUCCUGUGUGCAGCACGAGGGCUGGAGCCAUCCCUCCUGGCACAGCAGAGCUGCCUGCCCGGGCUGCUGGGGACAAUCCAGGGAAAAUCCUCUCCAGCAGCAUCCCCUUCCCCUGCUCCCCACGUCUCCUGGUCCCACUCCCACUGUCACCCCAGUGCUGCUCAUUCCCGUGCCUGUCAGCAUGCACUUCUGGGCAAAGAAGAUUCCUAAGGAAUGAUUUAUUAACUAUAAUAUGGUUAUAGUGACAUAUCUAUAAAUAUAUAUAUAAAGGUUAUAGUUCUAUAUCCUGGAGGGCGUGUUUGUAGCUGUAAAUGGGCAGGACGUUGCACCCCAUGUGCCCAGCCCUUGCUGCCUGGGCAGGGCGGGAGCACCGUGGCUCCCUCCCCGGUCCUGCGGUGACAGGGGUGUCCCCACACCGCCCCCACGGCCCGGCAGCGCAGCUCAGCCCCGCAGAGACCCGUGUGCGGGGAGCACGGCCCCGGCUGCCUGUGUUUUCCGUGCAGCAGCGUUUAUGACACCUCCCGUGCUGGCAGGGGCGGGUUCCUGCCCGCCGGCCGCUCGCGUUGCUGUUCACCGGUGUGCAUUGAGUUGCCAGCAGAUCCCCCAAGUGCCAACGAGUGACCACCCUGAUCGCUAAUUGCUUGCCCCGUGCUCCCGCCCCCAGAGGCAGGGACUUUCUCUGCAGUGACUACUACCCCGAUCGCUUUGUGCCACGUAUGUAACUGCCACCACCAUCAGUUUUAUAUGUACAAUAAUUUCCCUUUUAUAUGUCAGGUAAUAUUUGUAAGAGUUCUACUCACCCAAAUGAGAUUAUUAUAAUGAUUACUAAUAUAUUUUUUUCCAUGUUUCAUUGCCCAAAUAAAAAUGGUGUUUAUCA